AUGAACGGUAAGAAGUACGACAUACUGCUGCUAGGCAGCACAGGGUAUACGGGGCAAAUGAUUUUAGAGUACCUUUUAAAAAAAUAUGAAAAAGAAAUAACGAAUGGGCAGAUAAAACUCCUAUGUGCUGUGAGAAACAUAAAUAGGUUGAAUGAAAUUUUGUUACGAUUAAAAGAAAAAGAAAAACUCAGAAAUACAGAAAAGAUAUAUAAAAAAGAAGUCGAUGUAGUAAAUAACUAUGAUUCUAUAUUAAGUUGUUGCAAAAUGUGUGAUGUAGUUGUAAGUACUAUAGGACCGUAUGCAAUAUAUGGGUAUAAUAUUGUAAAGGCUUGUGUGCAGGCAAAUUGCCAUUAUUUAGAUGCUUGUGGUGAACAUGAUUUCAUUUUAAGGAUAUAUAAAGAAUUUAACGAAAUUGCUAAAGAAAAAAAGUUAAAAAUAAUUCAUAGCGCAUCCUUUAUUUCAGCACUUAGUGAUUUAGGGACUUACAUUAUUCAGGAAGAAUUUUUAUCUAAGUAUAAAAAGCCGUGUUCAUAUGUUCGUAUACGAUUAUCUAAUGAAGGGAGUGAUUUUAGGACAGUAGGGAAAACUACAAUUAAGAGUGCAUUAUUAUUUAAAAAACGUUUAGGAAAUAGUUAUAACAAGCAUUAUUUAUGUGAAAAUAAAUAUGAUGAUAUAUCUAGUACGGAUGAUGGUUUCCCCUUAUAUGAAAAAAAAAUAAAAACAACAAAUUAUUUCUUUGAUUAUGAAGAAGAAUUUGGGUAUUGCUUUGAUACUGUUUAUUCUAAAAUUGAAGAAGCUUAUGUAUUAUGGUCCAACUAUUUAAUGAACUAUAAAUAUGGAAAAAAUCUGGUUAUAGAUUAUAAACAAUAUGAUGCAGAGUUAUCAAUGCCUAUGUAUAUUAUUAAACGAAUGUUUUCAAUGUUAAUAAAUGGCUUAAAAUACUUGACACCUGUUGAUUACGUCACAGAUAAGUACGUAGACUAUUUGCAUAAACCGAAAACAUCGGAUCAAUUGAAAAAGGGAUUCUGGAAAUGCACCAUUGUUGGUGAGAUGUGCGAUAUGUAUACAGACGGAACCCAAAACAAAAAUAGCGAUGACAACACAAACAGUAACGAAAAUGAAAACAAAGGGAAUAAAAAAAUUAUUCUACAUUUAAAUGGGGAAAAUGAAGACCCGGGAUACCUUUUAACGGCAAAAAUUAUAUCCGAAUCAGCUAUAUCCUUAUUUCAAAAUAAUUUACCAAAUAGUUUUGGGGUACUCUCUGUAUCCGUAGGUCUUGGUAUGGCCCUUGUUGAGAGAUUAAAGCAGGCUUCACUUUGCAUUCACGUUGAGGUGUGA